CAAGUUGCGACAGUUUUACGUUAAAUAAAAGCUGAUAGAAGGCGUUGACCGUUUCCUCAAUAAUGAGUGAGUUGCUAAUACCCUGAAAAUCCCUCUUCUUCAACCCUAUCCUGUCGACAAAUCACUACUCACAUCUCCCGAUAAUCCUGGGAGCAUCCUUCAGGUUCCUAUCCUUUUGCCAAUUUUGUCAUCUCCUUUGUACCCUCGAAAACCCAUAUCAGGCUGCUAAUCAAAGCACAAGUACAAGAUCUGAUUUGUUUCCAGAUCCAAAACGCUUUGAAUCUUGAAGCUUUAUACUAUUAAUCCGAAAUUGGAACAAUUAAGGUCAAGAUAUAGAUUAGAUCUUCAAGCUCCGAUUAUAUGGGUAAUUGUUGUGCUACACCCUCCACCACUGAUUACGAGAAUAAAAAGGGCAAAAACAAACCAAACCCAUUUUCUCUAGAUUACGAUGGCCCCAAUACAUCACGUCCUACAGGAUACAAAUCAUAUGUACUUGAAAACCCUACAGGACAUGAAAUUGAGCAAACAUAUGUUCUUGGUAAGGAGAUGGGUAGAGGGGAGUUUGGGAUUACAUACAUGUGUACAGAUAAAUCUACAGGUGAAGUCUUGGCCUGUAAAUCGAUUUCAAAAAAGAAAUUAAGAACGAGGAUUGAUAUUGAAGAUGUAAGGAGGGAAGUUGAGAUUAUGAAGCAUAUGCCACCACAUCAGAAUAUUGUGAGCUUAAAGGGCACUUAUGAAGAUGAUAGUGCUGUUCAUUUGGUUAUGGAGUUAUGUGAAGGUGGGGAAUUGUUUGAUCGGAUUGUUGCUAGGGGCCAUUACACAGAGAGGGCUGCUGCAGGUGUCAUUCGCACCAUUGUUGAAGUGAUUCAGAUGUGCCACAAACAUGGUGUCAUGCAUCGUGAUCUAAAACCUGAAAACUUUCUGUAUGCAAACAAGAAAGAAACAGCAGCAUUAAAGGUCAUUGAUUUUGGUCUAUCAGUGAUCUUCAAACCAGGUGAAAGAUUCAAUGAAAUAGUAGGAAGUCCAUAUUACAUGGCUCCUGAGGUCCUGAAACGUAACUAUGGUCCUGAGAUAGAUGUAUGGAGUGCUGGAGUAAUUCUAUACAUUUUGCUUUGUGGGGUCCCACCAUUUUGGGCUGAAACCGAACAAGGAGUUGCACAAGCGAUUAUUAAAUCUGUUGUUAAUUUCAAGAGGGAUCCAUGGCCUGUGGUAUCUGAUAAUGCAAAAGAUCUUGUUAAAAAGAUGCUUAAUCCUGACCCUAAUUUACGCCUUUCCGCUCAAGGAGUUUUAGAUCAUCCAUGGAUACAAAAUGCCAAGAAGGCUCCAAACGUUUCUUUAGGUGAAACUGUUAAAGCAAGAUUAAAGCAGUUCUCAUUCAUGAACAAGCUCAAGAAGAGAGCAUUAAGGGUAAUUGCUGAGCUUUUAUCUGCGGAAGAAGUGGAGGGGAUAAAACAAGGAUUUGAUUUAAUGGACACUAACAAUGAUUACAUAGAGGAAGAAAAGCUUAGGGAAGCUUUAGUUGAUGGAAUUGAAACCGACAAUGAAGAGAUCAUUGUUGUAAUUAUUCUAGAUGUUCAUACACACAAGGAUGGAUGA